GUGGCGGGCAGCAAGCGGAGCCGGGCCGGGCGCGGCGGAGCGCAGCGCAGCGCGGGGGGCGAGGCCGGCGCGUGGCUCGCUCGCUGGCUCGCUGGCUCGCGGGAGGCCGGGCAGCAGCAGGGGCAUGUGGAUACUGGCUCUCUCCUUGUUCCAGAGCUUCGCGAAUGUUUUCAGUGAAGAGCCCCACUCCAGCCUCUACUUUGUCAAUGCAUCGCUGCAAGAGGUAGUGUUUGCAAGCACAUCGGGGACGCUGGUGCCCUGCCCGGCUGCAGGCAUCCCUCCUGUGACUCUCAGAUGGUACCUAGCAACGGGCGAGGAGAUCUACGAUGUCCCCGGGAUCCGCCACGUCCAUCCCAAUGGCACUCUCCAAAUUUUCCCCUUUCCUCCUUCAAGCUUCAGCACCUUAAUCCAUGAUAAUACUUACUAUUGCACAGCUGAAAACCCUUCAGGGAAAAUUAGAAGUCAGGAUGUCCACAUCAAGGCUGUUUUACGGGAGCCCUAUACAGUCCGUGUGGAGGACCAGAAAACCAUGAGAGGCAAUGUCGCGGUGUUCAAGUGCAUUAUCCCCUCCUCGGUGGAGGCGUACGUCACUGUCGUCUCAUGGGAGAAAGACACGGUUUCACUUGUCUCAGGAUCUAGAUUUCUCAUCACAUCCACGGGAGCCUUGUAUAUUAAAGAUGUACAGAACGAAGAUGGGCUGUACAACUACCGCUGCAUCACGCGGCACAGAUACACAGGGGAGACGAGACAAAGCAACAGCGCGAGACUGUUCGUGUCAGACCCAGCAAACUCAGCCCCAUCCAUCCUGGACGGGUUUGACCACCGCAAAGCCAUGGCAGGGCAGCGCGUGGAGCUGCCUUGCAAAGCACUUGGGCACCCCGAGCCAGACUACCGCUGGCUGAAGGACAACAUGCCCCUGGAACUUUCUGGAAGGUUCCAAAAGACAGUGACUGGGUUGCUCAUUGAGAACAGCCGCCCCUCAGACUCAGGCAGCUAUGUGUGUGAAGUAUCCAACCGAUAUGGCACUGCCAAGGUGAUAGGCCGCCUGUACGUGAAACAGCCACUGAAAGCCACCAUCAGUCCCAGAAAGGUUAAAAGCAGCGUGGGCAGCCAGGUCUCCUUAUCCUGCAGUGUGACAGGAAAUGAAGACCAGGAACUCUCCUGGUACCGAAAUGGCGAAAUCCUCAACCCUGGAAAAAACGUGAGGAUCACAGGACUCAACCACGCAAACCUUAUAAUGGAUCACAUGGUCAAGAGUGAUGGGGGUGCCUACCAGUGCUUUGUGCGCAAGGACAAGCUAUCUGCUCAAGACUAUGUCCAGGUGGUCCUUGAAGACGGAACUCCCAAAAUCAUUUCUGCCUUUAGCGAGAAAGUGGUGAGCCCGGCAGAGCCAGUGUCCCUCGUGUGCAAUGUGAAGGGUACACCCUUGCCCACGGUCACCUGGACCCUGGACGAUGACCCCAUCCUCAAGGGCAGCGGUCACCGCAUCAGCCAAAUGAUCACGUCCGAGGGGAACGUGGUCAGCUACCUGAAUAUCUCCAGCUCCCAGGUCCGGGAUGGGGGUGUCUACCGCUGCACUGCCAACAACUCGGCUGGAGUCGUCCUGUACCAGGCUCGAAUAAACGUAAGAGGGCCUGCAAGCAUCAGACCAAUGAAAAACAUCACUGCGAUAGCGGGGCGUGACACGUACAUCCACUGCCGCGUAAUUGGCUAUCCGUAUUACUCCAUCAAGUGGUACAAGAACGCUAACCUGCUUCCUUUCAACCACCGCCAGGUGGCGUUUGAGAACAAUGGGACUCUGAAACUCUCUGAUGUGCAGAAAGAAGUUGACGAGGGAGAGUACACGUGUAAUGUGCUGGUACAGCCACAGCUCUCCACCAGCCAGAGUGUCCACGUGACAGUGAAAGUUCCACCUUUCAUCCAACCUUUUGAGUUCCCAAGAUUCUCCAUCGGGCAGCGGGUUUUCAUCCCAUGUGUGGUGGUCUCAGGGGACUUACCCAUCACCAUCACCUGGCAGAAGGAUGGCCGGCCAAUUCCAGCAAGCCUCGGAGUAACCAUUGACAACAUUGACUUCACCAGCUCCCUGAGGAUCUCCAACCUCUCCCUAAUGCACAAUGGGAAUUACACCUGCAUUGCGAGAAACGAGGCAGCAGCCGUGGAACACCAGAGUCAGCUGAUUGUGAGAGUUCCCCCUAAGUUCGUGGUACAGCCCCGGGACCAGGACGGGAUCUAUGGCAAAGCAGUGAUUCUCAAUUGCUCUGCAGAGGGUUAUCCUGUGCCUACAAUUGUGUGGAAAUUCUCAAAAGGUGCUGGGGUCCCCCAGUUCCAGCCAAUUGCCUUGAAUGGCCGAAUCCAGGUCCUGAGUAAUGGCUCACUCUUGAUCAAGCAUGUUGUAGAAGAAGACAGUGGCUACUACCUCUGCAAGGUCAGCAACGAUGUGGGCGCAGACGUCAGCAAGUCCAUGUACCUCACAGUGAAAAUUCCUGCCAUGAUAACCUCUUACCCCAACACCACCCUGGCCACUCAGGGUCAAAGGAAGGAAAUGAGCUGCACAGCCCAUGGGGAGAAGCCCAUCAUUGUCCGCUGGGAGAAAGAGGACAGGAUCAUUAACCCUGAAAUGGCCCGCUACCUGGUAUCCACCAAGGAGGUGGGAGAGGAAGUGAUAUCUACGCUGCAGAUUUUGCCAACAGUGAGAGAAGAUUCCGGUUUCUUCUCCUGCCAUGCUAUCAAUUCAUACGGGGAGGACCGUGGAAUAAUUCAACUCACAGUGCAAGAACCCCCAGAUCCUCCCGAGAUUGAGAUCAAAGAUGUCAAAGCUCGCACCAUCACGCUCAGGUGGACCAUGGGGUUUGAUGGCAACAGCCCCAUCACAGGCUAUGACAUUGAAUGCAAAAAUAAAUCAGACUCCUGGGAUUCUGCUCAAAGAACCAAAGAUGUUUCCCCUCAGCUGAACUCGGCCACCAUCAUUGAUAUCCACCCUUCCUCCACCUACAGCAUCCGCAUGUACGCCAAGAACCGGAUUGGCAAGAGUGAGCCCAGCAACGAGAUCACCAUCACGGCGGAUGAGGCAGCUCCUGAUGGUCCACCUCAGGAAGUUCACUUGGAACCCACCUCAUCUCAGAGUAUCAGGGUUACCUGGAAGGCUCCCAAGAAACACUUACAAAACGGGAUCAUUCGCGGCUACCAAAUAGGCUACCGGGAGUACAGCACGGGGGGUAACUUCCAGUUCAACAUCAUCAGUAUCGACACCACCGGGGACAGCGAAGUGUACACCCUGGACAACCUGAAUAAGUUCACGCAGUAUGGCCUGGUAGUACAGGCUUGCAACCGGGCCGGCACAGGACCUUCUUCUCAGGAGAUCAUUACCACCACUCUGGAGGAUGUACCCAGCUACCCUCCUGAAAAUGUCCAAGCCAUAGCAACCUCACCAGAAAGCAUAUCAAUCUCCUGGUCCACACUGUCCAAGGAGGCCUUGAAUGGGAUUCUCCAGGGGUUCAGGGUCAUCUACUGGGCCAACCUCAUAGACGGAGAGCUGGGCGAGAUUAAGAACGUCACCACCACGCAGCCUUCCUUGGAGUUGGAUGGACUAGAGAAAUACACCAACUACAGUAUCCAGGUCCUGGCCUUCACCCGUGCAGGGGAUGGCGUCCGGAGCGAGCAGAUCUUUACCCGUACCAAGGAGGACGUUCCAGGUCCUCCUGCCGGUGUCAAGGCGGCGGCAGCCUCGGCCUCCAUGGUCUUCGUGUCCUGGCUGCCCCCGCUGAAGCUGAACGGCAUCAUUCGGAAGUACACAGUGUUCUGCUCCCAUCCCUACCCUACCGUCAUCAGUGAGUUUGAAGCCUCCCCUGACUCAUUUUCCUACAGAAUCCCUAAUCUGAGUCGGAAUCGGCAGUAUAGCGUCUGGGUGGUGGCGGUGACUUCCGCCGGAAGAGGCAACAGCAGCGAGAUCAUCACUGUGGAGCCCCUAGCUAAAGCUCCUGCACGGAUCCUCACGUUCAGCGGGACAGUGACUACUCCAUGGAUGAAGGACAUUGUCUUGCCUUGUAAAGCUGUUGGAGACCCGUCACCUGCCGUAAAAUGGAUGAAGGAUAGUAACGGGACACCCAGCCUGGUGACGAUUGAUGGCCGCAGGAGCAUCUUCAGCAAUGGGAGUUUCAUCAUUCGGACGGUGAAAGCAGAGGACUCUGGCUAUUACAGCUGUGUUGCCAAUAACAACUGGGGAUCAGAUGAGAUCAUAUUAAAUUUGCAAGUACAAGUUCCACCAGAUCAGCCUCGGCUCACCGUAUCCAAGACGACAUCCUCCUCCAUCACCCUCUCCUGGCUCCCUGGAGAUAAUGGGGGUAGCUCCAUUAGAGGCUACAUCCUGCAAUACUCCGAGGAUAACAGUGAGCAGUGGGGCAGCUUUCCCAUCAGCCCCAGCGAGCGUUCAUACCGCUUGGAAAACCUAAAGUGUGGGACUUGGUAUAAGUUCACCCUUACUGCCCAAAAUGGAGUAGGUCCCGGGCGCAUAAGUGAAAUCAUAGAAGCCAAAACCCUGGGGAAAGAACCCCAGUUCUCCAAGGAGCAGGAGCUCUUCGCCAGCAUCAAUACCACCCGAGUGAGGCUGAAUCUGAUUGGCUGGAAUGACGGCGGCUGUCCAAUCACCUCAUUCACUCUUGAAUACAGACCCUUUGGGACCACGGUCUGGACCACAGCUCAGCGGACCUCCCUUUCCAAGUCCUACAUUCUGUAUGACCUGCAAGAAGCCACGUGGUAUGAACUGCAGAUGAGAGUGUGCAACAGCGCCGGCUGUGCGGAGAAGCAAGCCAACUUCGCCACGCUGAACUACGAUGGCAGUACAAUCCCUCCACUCAUUAAGUCAGUUGUCCAAAGCGAAGAAGGGCUGACAACCAACGAAGGGCUCAAGAUCCUCGUGACCAUCUCCUGCAUCCUGGUCGGGGUUCUACUGCUCUUUGUGCUUCUGCUGGUUGUGCGGAGGAGACGGCGAGAGCAGAGGCUGAAGAGGCUGAGAGAUGCAAAGAGUUUAGCUGAAAUGCUCAUGAGCAAAAACACACGGACUUCAGAUACCUUAAGCAAACAGCAGCAGACUUUGAGAAUGCACAUUGAUAUACCCAGGGCUCAGCUUUUGAUUGAAGAGAGAGACACAAUGGAGACCAUAGAUGACCGCUCCACAGUCCUGUUGACGGAUGCUGACUUCGGGGAGGCAGCCAAACAGAAGUCACUGACAGUGACUCACACGGUGCAUUACCAAUCGGUGUCUCAGGCCACCGGGCCCCUCGUGGAUGUCUCCGAUGCUCGGCCAGGAACGAAUCCCACCACCAGGAGGAAUGCAAAGGCUGGACCCACAGCGAGAAACCGGUACGCCAGCCAGUGGACGCUCAACAGACCCCAUCCUACCAUCUCUGCACACACCCUCACCACAGACUGGAGACUGCCUACACCCAGGGCUACAGGAUCCGUGGACAAGGAGAGCGACAGCUACAGCGUCAGCCCAUCACAAGACACAGACCGAGCAAGAAGCAGCAUGGUCUCCACAGAAAGUGCCUCCUCUACCUACGAAGAACUGGCCAGGGCCUAUGAACACGCCAAGAUGGAAGAGCAGCUGAGGCAUGCCAAGUUCACCAUCACAGAGUGCUUCAUAUCCGAUACGUCCUCCGAGCAGUUGACGGCAGGGACAAAUGAGUACACGGACAGUCUGACCUCCAGUACCCCUUCAGAAUCGGGGAUCUGCAGAUUCACUGCAUCUCCCCCCAAACCUCAGGAUGGAGGACGAGUGGUGAACAUGGCGGUUCCAAAGGCCCAUCGGCCAGUUCUAGAGACCAGAAGUUCAAAGUCAAGACACCAGCUGACACAUGUUCCUCUGAGGGCUCUAGGCGACCUCAUACACCUGCCUCCAUACCUACGAAUGGACUUCUUGUUAAACCGGGGCGCACCAGGCACCAGCAGGGACCUGAGUUUAGGACAAGCGUGCUUGGAACCCCAGAAAAGUCGGACCCUGAAACGCCCCACGGUCCUUGAGCCCACCCCUAUGGAGGCCUCCUCCUCCACCUCUUCCACGCGAGAAGGACAGCAGUCGUGGCAACAAGGGGCUGUGGCCACCUUACCUCAGCGAGAGGGUGCAGAGCUGGGACAGGCAGCUAAAAUGAGCAGCUCCCAAGAGUCACUGCUGGACUCCCGGGGCCAUUUGAAAGGAAACAAUCCCUACGCAAAAUCUUACACCUUGGUAUAACACAUGGCACCUGAUGGACAGCGGUUGUAAAUACAAUUUAAACGAGCCAAUCAAAGCUACCUUUUUUUUACUGAAUUCCGAUAUUUAUAAUUAAAGAAAAUUGCCAAAAUAUAUUAAAAAAAAAAGAAGAAAGAAAGAAAGAAAGAAAGAAAAUACUGAAACCACAGACAGCGCAAAGACUACUCUGCUUUUUUUCCGUCUGAGUGUGGGCUCCAUCUGCCUGGGCAUCUGAGUUUUGGGGAAAGAAGUCCAGUUUUAUGAUUUUCACAGGCUAUAGCAUUUUUACUGAUUUUCUACAAAGUGCAUGGGGACUCAUUAAACCUUCUGAACAGAAGAAGUUCUAGCACACAAGAGUAAAAAAAGGAAACGGGGGGAACUAGCCUAUUUGUGAAUCGAAGAGGGACGUUGACGUGGGGGCAGGGGACAGCUUCCGUCACCUCGCACACCUUUCCUUCCCACUAGGAACCAGGCCCUCGGUUUGAUUUUCUGUUGUUAAUCAGGAUGAGUGCUGUCAGUGAGGGGGUGGGGUGGGGGGAAUCCAUUCGGUUUUCUUUUUGUUUAUUUUUUAAUUUGAUGAGACACUCUUUGCAUUUUGUCUAAGCGAAAUAAAAGAGAAAAGGUGGUCUGCCUUUAUUUGCAUGUCUACUGAUACCUCCCUAUCCAUUGCUCGGGCCUCCUUCCUGUUCAUAUUGGUGUUUGUGAACAAAAUGGCUGGACCCAGUGCCCAAUCUAGGAAAAAGAUGCUAAGUUUUGAACAGCUCAGGUGUUGCUGGGAAGAGACAAGAAGAUACAACAUCAACUCCAUGGAUGGAAACCACACCAAAGGCAGCCUGGUCUCCGUCCAGUAUCCUAAGCCCCUCACAGGACUCAGGUCCUUGCCAGUUGCAGGACCUGCUCUCUAACUCAGUAGGGUCAGCAGACCAUUUCCAAAUCCAGCGCACUGCUCUUUGUCAAUAAAGUUUUAUUGGAAGAAGUCCAAAGGCCCUAUGCUCCAUUUGCAUUAUCUGUGGUUGCUUUUAAUGCUGUGAUGUCAAGUUGAGUGACAGUGUGUCACACAAAGCCAGUAUUCUGUCUCUUCACAGGAGAUACUUGUUCGGCCCUGAAGUUGCUUUAGUCCUGACUUGUGUGAAAAUGGAAAAGAUGCUGUGUCCCAUCUUCCCUGCCCUGCCCUGUCUCCACUGUGACUGACAGAUUCACAGCAGACCAUCUUCAGAUGUCUUACUUCCGAUCCUCUCCUUGGCACCCAGAGAAAAAUCAGUCUGUAUACAAGGGUGAUCCCCCAAAUUCCAAGUAUUUAUUUUUCUUUCUCUGUGUCUAAAUGCAUUGCCAGGGGGCUCGCUCAAACAGUCCUACUCACAAACAGGAGGUACCAUAUCCUACAUCCUUUGGCUUUUCCACAGUGUGCCUUAGAAAUAACCUGCCAUCCUCUAAGGCAGCAAAACCCCAUUCCAGACACCUUCUCUAAGAGGAAAGGAGAACCAAGGCCUGUUACUUUAGUUUUGGCACUGACUGGAAAAAAAAUGAGCCCACAUCCAUAGCUCUCCACAUCUGAGUAACAACACACACACAAGUACCUCUUCAGACCUACCCUGUGUCCCCAUGAAGUCCACCAGCAUAAACCCUGGUGCAGUCAUUACUAUGUAGAACUCAAUUACAACACUCCAUUCCCCCCUCCCUGCCUCUCUUCUCCAUCUUUCCUUCCAUCUGUCUUUCAGACAGACUCUAUGCCUCCUGAGCUUCAAACACACAGAGCACAGGCAGAGCAGGUACAAGACUCUGUCACAGCCAUGCAAUGGUUGUGACUUUAGGGUUAUGUGACAGUGUGGCGUGUGCUGCUUGCCACGGUUUCAGAGCACAAUUUAUUCUUGGCAUCCUCAUGGAUGCAGAAGAGUCAAGGCACAACUUUCGAGAGAAAGAAAGACCAUAGCAUUCAUAGGUCUGAAAGUUGUAGAGUUCCCAUACUUGGAAGUUUAUUCUUUUUAAGUUUUCUUUUCUCCCAAGAUGUACAAAAAUAAAAGAAUUGACUUGUUUGCCUCUGCAAUGGAUUGCUUGCAAGGUUCUUGCCUUUAAAAAAAAAAAAAACUCUCAUUAAAGUGAAUUCCACAUGCGCAAGCACUGUAUCAACCCACCCCCCCAACCCCUGCGUCUCAAGUAGGGUCUGACACUACUGUCUCCAAAGGGAUGUAGAGCUGAGAAUUAAAAGACCAUUAUUACAGCAAUAAUAGUGAGUUUUCCUCUGUACCCUCCUGUCUCUAUUCUGGUUUGUUUGUGGGAGGUCAAUGGGUUAUCUAAGUCCCCACACAGGACUGUAGGAACUUAAGUGUAGUUCUUUACUGGAAAGUUUUAUUUUUAUUUUCUAAAGAGUUUGUCCUAGGGAUUACUCCAGCUCUCAGACCAACAUAAUCUUCUCUUAGAAUGUUCAACUGGGAUCAAUUCUUUAGUUGCUGCCUAGCAGUUUUGGGGUAAAUGGGGAAGAGUUAGUGGUUCGCUGGACUGGGUUUUCUUUAAUCCAUCCAAAUAGCCCAUCUAUAAUGUAAGCAAGUAGAGGUACUUGUGAACCACAUGGAGUUCUACACUUCUGCAAUCUCCAGAUCCUGGACUUCUGUUUAGUACACAUGUCUACCUGAUGCUGUUCUUAGGUUCAUGUCCACAAGGCUAAGAAAAGAGGAUGAAAGAUCUGAACAGUGAAAUCAUGUGAUGCUGGUCACAAGCUAGGCUGCCAAGUUCUGAGGCCAUCCUCGUAGCACCCCGGUGACAGGGACUUCUGUACUAUCAUAAGACACAGGAGAACACCAUUGCCUAGAUCGCUCUUAAAACAAGCAAAUAAUUUCUCAAUUAAGGUCUUUUUGACCUGGUGCUAUGAUAUAUGAACAACUGGAUUCCAUUUUAAAACAACCAGGACAGCAUUCUGGGAUUGAGAAGCCAAGUGCUAGUUUGUCACAGUCCAGCUUUAGAAAGGUCUAAAGGAAUUUAACAGAGUUGAUCUUGGCUCUUUGAUAAACACACUAAUGCUCAGUGCUCUGGAGACCACAUAGCUCCUCUUCUCCAUUAUUGGUCCAAAAUGACCAUCAAAGCACAGGUGAAAUGAAAUGGAAAGGAAAGGUUUUCCCUAUUUUUCUCAUAAAUGAAGUAGCUGCAACAUUUAACAAUGGCUUAAAACAAAAAGGAAUAGAAAAGACUGCUUUUUGUCAAAAUGCUGAAGGAGAAGCCAUGAGAUGAGAUGACUAAGCCCUUGUAAGACAGGACCACUUCAGAUCCUAUAGCUAUAGGACCCUACUGACUGAAGACAAGGUGGAUCUUAGCUAAUAGGAUCCUCCCAGGGUUGUCAAGCGGGAUCUGGAGAGUAUGUGAUAUAAGACAGGCACCCAACAGUCAGGAAUGUCUUCCCGGUAAGGGCUUUGGGUAAAACUUACUGCUCAACAAAGUUUGCAUAGAAAAUGACCUCGAAAGGCAGAAUCAGUGUGUCCUUGGUUAGUGAAGAUGGGUUCUCUUGUAAAUAAUGAAAACAACUUCUCCCUCUGAUACAAAGCCCUGGCAGGGUAGCCAGAUGCCCAUUCAGACUUGGAACUGCCCAGACAGUAGACAGAGAAAGUCUGCGCACACACCUUCUCUGGUCUCUGGGAUCCAGGAGGUCAGCGAGCAUCCCCUCCCUUCCUAAUUCAGUCCCAUCUUACCUUCUCCAUCGGACCCCUGGUGGCCCCAUAUCACACCACAUUGACCCAGGAUUCCCGUCUACAGUGACUCUUUUUAUACAUGCUUAUUAUUAUCUUCUGACUCACUGCGAAAUCUAUUACCUAUAAUGUUGUCACUGGUUCUCCUACCUAAGCAUGUUCCCUCCAUCGGGAGAGAAAUUUGUCUUAAUUGCGUGUGUCCUCAGUUUCCAGAGGAGAGUGUGGUAAGCACCCUAAGUACAGAGAGUCUCAGCUAUGACAUGAGCUCUCUGCCUGCAUAGCAUCACACAGUCUGCUUGGCAAACUGGCAGCUCCAGCUCCCUUCCUGCUCUCUGUACAGACAAGAAACCAGCUCAGACCUGCAAGGGAUCUACCCAUAAGUGUUUUGACUUUGGGGAAAAUGUUGGUGUUGGUCAGUUUUUUUAAAAUUGUUGUUCUUAUUGUUCCCUAUGCCUUCUCAAACUCUAACUUGCAGUCAAAACAAAUUCUAAAACUUGGGGAAAGUGACUUUGAGCACCUGGCAGGGUGCUCGCUUCAUCUCCCCCAACAAACCCUGUGAGCCUUUGUGUCCUGGAGACUUCAGACAAAGUACAAGAAGAAAGAUGUGUUUAUCAGUCCUAGCUCUGUGUCCCUUGAGAGGACAAGAUUCUGUCUCAAGGAGACAGCUCUUUCAUGGAGGAAAACAAUGUAUGGAGCGUUUAAUUAUGUGUGUAUCGGUGGCUGGGAAGUUCUUAGAAGGGUCACUGGGCACAGCAGGGCCUGGAUCCAUCUGCCACCACAGCAUCAAGACAAGCAGAGUCUCUAAGCACAGUAUGUGAAGAAACAGGGUUGUACUUCUAGAAUCGGAUUAUGCUGAGGGUCCCCUACUGUAAAGGAACCCAUUCCUAAACAUAGAAUUAAACAUGUCUUCUGAAGCUCCACUUCUCAGGUGGAAUAAUGGUGGCUCUACAUUGUGACUCGGGAUUCAAUGCCAGGCAGAUGGAAGCCGAACCUUGCCUUGAGAAGGCACAGUUCAUACUGCCACCAACAAACUCAAUCCAACUAAACAGGCAUGCGUGCCUUCCACCACCACAGCCCUCCGACCGUCCUCCAUGCUGAGAUGUCAAUGUGUCAAGCCAGCACUGUGGCAAUUCAGACUGGCCAUGGGACACAACAGCAUCCCUUUGCCCUGGAACUAACCUCUCCAGCUGGUUCUCUGUGAGGCUCUUCCAUGCAUAUGUCACAUACGUAACAAUGUCAUGUGACCCUCAACGUCAAGGUGCUGAUAUUCUCAGUGAGAAGACCCAGAGCUUUGCUGUGAACUGAGAAUCAUGACAGUGCUUCCGGAGAGGGUUCUCAGAGCAUUAGAGUAGGGAACUUCACCACUGCUAUGUCACUAACUGCCCGUGCUUACCAGAGAACUUCCUUAAGGUUUUUACCUGCUUACCUGCCUCUCAUGUUCACUCUUCAGAACACAACAGUUGUGUGGAGACUUUGAGAUUUAACAGGGUACACUUUAUCACAGUAAAAGACACCUGGAAUACUUCUGGAUACCCAGGUUCGACACCAGCACCAACUCCUCCAAAAGCUUAUCAUAAGAUCUCAAGAAGGUCAACUGCUGUGAACACAUAUACACAGGUGGCAGGACCAGAUCUUCUAAUUCUGAUGACUCCCCAGGGAGUUGAAUCUUCUCAGAGUCUAUCUCCCAGGGCAUAUGUGUGAAAGUCAUCACAGGGCCAAUGCUACUUUUCAUUUGUUCUGUUUUUUGUGGUUUUGUUUUUGUUUUCUUUUUCUAUUCCAACACUCCACACAAACAGCAGUACAAGUGGAUACAUGCUUUCAAGGUUCGUUGUGAAAUAAGGAAUGGGAUGCAGGAGAAUUAUGGGAUGUAAAACGGUAGUCUAAAUGCCUGGUGUAGAAAGCAGAUUUUAAUCUUUUUAAUAAACUUGUAAACUCA